CAGCCACUUAGUUCCGCCAACCCUGGAUGUGCAUCCGGCCUUCCCCGGCCGUGUGAAGUUACAGUGGCCGGGUGGGAGAGAUCCCGCUGAGAGCGCGUUGUCCUCGCAACGGACCUGAACCUAACGCGAUCUCGAAAGCUCAGGACUCCGGCGAUCCCACUCAACCUGCAUCAUGGCAGUCCCAGGUUGCAACAAGGACAAUGUCCGAGCAGGCUGCAGAAAAUGUGGCUACCCUGGUCAUCUGACUUUCGAGUGCCGCAAUUUUCUCCGGGUAGAUCCCAAAAGGGACAUUGUGUUGGACGUCAGCAGCACAAGCAGUGAGGACAGUGAUGAAGAGAACGAGGAGCUGAACAAGCUGCAGGCUCUGCAGGAGAAAAGAAUAAAUGAAGAAGAGGAAAAGAAAAAGGAAAAAAGCAGGGAGAAAAUUAAACUGAAAAAAAAGAGGAAAAGGUCUUACUCCAGCACCACUGAAGAGGACUCCGCAAAACAAAAGAAGCAGAAAUAUCAGAAAAAAGAAAAGAAAAAGGAAAAAAAGAGCAAAUCAAAAAAAGGGAAGCAUCACAAAAAGGAAAAAAAGAAGAGAAAAAAGGAAAAGCGUUCUUCCCCUGACCGUUCUGAAGUCACCAAAAAGUAACAGAGUCUUGGGCCUAACUCAGGAAAUAGAAGAAUUCGGUGUUUUUAAAUAUUGAGCCUUCCUUGGAAUUGCUAUAUAAUUACACUCCACAGAAAGCCCCUGCCUCCUCCAUAAAGACAUUUGUCACCUAUUGGGGCCCUUAUCUCUCUGCCCAUCUGUAUUAAACCCAUCUCCUUACUUGACAGCUGUGCCUCAAGCAUAGAUAUGUGUACAAACGAAGCACACCAUUUUAGCUAUUUGUGUCUCGGUGUCUUAGGCCGGUGCUGUCUCUUGUUAAUUAGCACGUGGCUUUACUGCAAUCAAAGGAAUAAUCUACACAGCUGCUCCUGCGUCACGUCCGCCUUCCAGUGGGAGAGCUGCCUUGGCGGUAGUGAUUUGCUCUUGAUUCUGAGCAGCUUUCUGUACUCUGUAAUGUAUAAAGAAAGGGUCUUCGCUGUUGUUUUAAAUCUCUAGACUUUUUAAAUAACAUCACUGAGGAUAAAACUGCUUUACUGUUAAGUAGUAAGUUUUUAAAUGAACGGGAUCUACAGGAAGAUAAUAAUGAAAGUAUAACAGUGCCCUUGUUUUAUGAAAUACUUGUUUCUGGCACUUACCUCCCAUGUUUUUAAUAACAACUAAAAUAUCCCUUUUUUUAAAAUAAUCAUUUAGCUUACUAGAAAGUCUGGCAGGGAGAUUCUGUGCUGGUCAAGUUUAUUAGGGUAGAUCCUGGGUUGAUUGACAAAUGUGCCACAUUGGCAUGUCUUAGGUGAUACCUCAAACACAGAGAUUUUUGUGCAUUAACAGCAAAAUCCUCAUUAAAAGUGAUCUUUAUUAUA